AUGUCUAAUAUAGCUGAAGAGGUUGCCAAACAAGCACGUCUUGCUGGAAAUGUGUUGAAAACUUUGACUAAUGAAGAACGUUCUCAGAUUCUUUACAAAAUUCAUGAUGGCUUAAAGGCGGGGAGAGAUGUUAUAGAAAAAGCCAAUAAAUUAGACCUAGCUGAAGCGAGGAAGAAUAAUAUUGCAUCAUCGCUGGUUCAGAGGUUAGAUUUGUUCAAGGGUGACAAGUUUGAGAUGAUGCUGCAAGGUAUCAUUGAUGUUGCUGAGCUAGAAGACCCGGUUGGGAAACUUUUGAUGGCUCGGGAACUGGACGAUAAUCUGACCUUGUACAAAGUCACUGCUCCUGUAGGUGUCCUUUUGGUGAUUUUUGAAUCGAGGCCAGAGGUUAUUGCAAAUAUUACCGCUUUAUGUAUCAAGUCUGGUAAUGCUGGGAUUUUGAAAGGUGGGAAAGAGUCCUUGAACACCUUUAAGGAGAUGGCGACUAUUAUAAACGAUGUUAUUAAGGAGAACCAAAAAACCAGCAGGGUUCCUUUGAACGCUGUGAAGUUAAUAGAAAGCAGACAGGAUGUUUCUGAUUUGUUGGACCAAGAUGCAUACAUAGACUUGGUGGUUCCCCGUGGUUCAAAUGCUUUGGUCAGACAAAUCAAGGAUAAUACUAAAAUACCAGUAUUAGGCCACGCUGAUGGUAUUUGUACUGUUUAUGCAGAUGAAGACGCAGCGUUAGAAAAGGCUAAAUCAAUCGUCUUAGAUUCUAAAACUAAUUACUGCGCAGCUUGCAAUGCUGUUGAGUGCCUUUUGAUUAACCCAAAGCUGCCAAACUGGUGGGAAAUCAUAGUUCAUCUAGUAACUGUGGGAAAAGUGAAAAUCCAUGCUACAACAGAUGUCAAACAAGCAUUUUUUGAAAAAGUUGACAAUGAGUUAAUUAGAUCACAGGUUUAUGAUGCGGUGGAUGAAGAUUUUGGCAGAGAGUUCUUAUCGUUGGACAUUGCCGUCAAAUUCGUUACAUCCACAAAGGAGGCUGUUGAACACAUUAACUUACACUCUUCUAAACACACUGACGCAAUUGUAACUGAAAAUCAAGAAGCCGCAGAAUACUUUUUGAAAGCUGUGGAUUCUUCUGGGGUUUUCUGGAAUGCUUCUACCCGGUUUGCUGACGGUUUUAGAUACGGGUUUGGAACCGAAGUUGGAAUAUCUACUUCAAAGAUCCAUGCUCGUGGACCUGUUGGUCUAGAUGGAUUGGUUACUUACCAAUAUCAAGUGCGAGGCGCUGGCCAGGUUGCAAGUGACUAUUUGGGCGCAGGUGGAAACAGAGCUUUUGUUCACAAGGACUUGGACGUCAAAGGGCUGAAAUUAUGA